AUGGGGGGGUCCAGGAUGUGGCAGGUACUGCUGCUCUCCUUCGUAGGGACCGUGACUAGUGACACAUCAUGUUCGGGUUUCUGUGGACAGAGGCCAUUGGCCAAGAAAUUUAGCUCUCGGAUCGUUGGGGGAGUGGACGCACAGCCUGGGGCUUGGCCCUGGAUGGUCAGUAUACAGAUUGUGUAUUGGAAUGGCUGGUACAGGUUCCAUGUCUGUGGGGGCUCCCUCAUAGCUCCAACUUGGGUUCUCACCGCUGCCCACUGCUUCAGGAAUGGUACUAAGACCGACUUGAUCAAUUGGAGGACGGUGAUUGGUGCAUGGGAGAUGCAGGUUGGGUCUCAGGGCUCCAUGGGCAACAAAAUACAGGAGCGAAAGCCCAUCAAGCUUGUGAUACAUGAAAACUACAGUCUUCAGAGCGAAAAAAAUGACAUUGCACUGAUACAGAUGGACAGACCAAUACAGUGUGGGGACCUGGCUCGUAUCGCCUGCCUACCUCGACCAGGCGAGAUCCCAGUCAGACCUGCAGAGAAGUGUUACAUUGCUGGCUGGGGGGCCAGACACGAAGGCAAUCAGAUAUCCCGGAUACUACAGGAAGCCCAGGUUAACAUCAUUGAUUUGAGGAUAUGCAAUGGAACCUUCUGGUACCACGGGUACAUUCACCAUAACAACAUUUGUGCUGGCUACAAAGAGGGAAAAAUUGACAGUUGCCAGGGGGACAGCGGCGGGCCACUCAUGUGUAGGGACACAUACAGCAACACCUAUGUGGUGGACGGUGUCACGAGCUGGGGGGCCGGCUGUGCGCGGGCAUACCGGCCUGGUGUCUACACGUCUACUUGGCACUUUUUGGACUGGAUUGCCGCCAAGAUCGGGCCAGCCACUGAUUUUGCUGCCCUGCCUCCUCGGACCACGACCCCACCGCCCACUACUCGCCCUCCUACAACUGCUCCAAUCAAGAUCUGGCCCCCCACUUACAAACCCUGGACCAAUAUACCCGCCUGGCCCCCCAUUCGAACCAAAGCUCCAGUCACCCCAAUCCGAAUCCCAUUUAUUUUCUAUACAGUCUCAACCCGGUGGCCCUCUGCUACUGUACCCUGGUACUUAAGGUCCUCCACACCCCGGUGGUGGGGCCCUGUUGGGCAAGCGAAGAGCCCUUCCUCCCAGAUCUGGCUCCCAGCCAAUCCCCCAUCGGCAGGCUCCCCAACUCCAAGGCCCUGGCGCCCUGCCCAGUUCAGUGUUCUCCAGCCCUGGAUCUCAAGUGCUUUGGAGGCCAGGGCCCAAGUUUUGGGACCCGGUCAGGACUCGCCUCUUACACUCUCCUUCCCUAAGCGCUUAAGGAUGUUCAUGGACUCCAUGAAAAACAACAGAUCCAUAUGGGACUCUGUCUAA